AAGCUAAGUCUUCAAACAUUUCCAAUUCUAAACCACUUUUUUUCAUUUUCUCAAUCAUGAUAAAGGCUUUCUGUAUUCCUUUGUUGCUCCUUGUAACAUUCUUGUAUGCUACUUCUGCUGUAGCAAGAAAUGAUCCCUCAGGGAAAGAAGUGAACACAGAAGGGAAGAUUGCAAAUGAAGGGGUGACAAAGCCUAGCCUACAAGGACCCAAUGAAGAUGAAAAAUUCAUAGGAUUUUUUCAUCUGAAACACAAACUCAAAGGAUAUUUUCACAAGAAACCAAUUUAUUAUAAGCCCAUUCCAACCUAUAAGCCAUUCCACAAACCUGUCAUAAUGGAAAAACAUAUCCCAUAUGUUGUUGAGCCAGAGGCAUUUCUUAAGCAUAAGCAUUAUUUCUUCAAAAAGCCAAUUAUUCCCAUUGUUAAACCUGUUUAUGUUCCCAUUUACAAGCCUGUUCCAAAGGUUAUUCCAAUUUACAAACCUAUUCCAAAGGUCAUUCCAAUUGUUAAGCCAAUUCACUAAUCAGUUUGAGAGGAAGAAAUAAUAUAUCCCAAGUGUUCCAUAGAAGUACCAUGCUUGAAAAGUUGUGUUCCAUUCCAUAAAGGGCUACAAAUAUAAAUAGCUACACCUAUCUAUAUUUCAACUGUGUUAGAAUAAUCUUACCUUGCGUAAUUUUAUUAUUUGUUUUGAGGAAACUUGUGUUGUGUAUUAGUAAAUGUUUUUGUACCUAAUAAAAUUCUCAGUUUGCCAAUUAUCAUUGAUAUUAUAUCA